UAGAGUCUACAUCCCAGGGCCAUGCUCCCAUGGGUUGACAUCGAAUCAGGAUUCACACCAAGGGUUCGCAGGGCGGUUGGGCGGUUUCAAAAGUGCAGCUGACGGGGAGUCACAGAAAAAGCUCAGCAAGUUUUUGUCAGGACGUCAGACUCCAACCCUCCCGAGCCGGAGUGCUGGUAAGAGAAACUUAGUACAAUGUCCAGUCCCAGAAAAGAUAUGAACAUCUUACGUGAUAAUGUCCAGUCCCCUAGUGUAGAGACCAACGAGUAACACGUUUGUUUGCGGAUAUAUGAUUGAACAUGGCCAAUACCGUGGCCAUGAUGUCAGUUCGGUGUCAGUCCGCUCGACCCAAGAGACGCUCCGAGGUCGAGGAGAUCAGCCUACCGAGCUUCUGGUUGGAGCGACCCGUGGAGGGCUUGGUGGUCUACUUGAGGCAAAGCGGAAGCUCAGCCAGUAGUACAGAGGUAAACAUUCUUCGCUCGGAUGGCUAUGAUCAGUGGCACCCGGAUGCCGAGCAGCCAUUAGCUGCCGGACGCGUGGGACAGCUUCGGGGCCCGGCCGCCAUUUGCGUGGACGCGGUGCUGGAGACGAACCUGGGCGGUGAAACCAUGAAGGAGGUCGAGCCUCAAUGGUGUGUCCGAGCGACCAAAGUUCCGUUCGGGGAGCGUUCGCGGGCCCUGGUGGCCACGGCGAAGAUCGAGGGGGAAGCCUUGGAAAAAGCGCUGAUGUGCACAGCCGCUGUGUCUUUGAAAUUGGAGUUGCAAUCUGCCAAAGCCUCCUCGCUCAACGGUCCAGCGGGCACUCCGCCAAAAGCUCAGAAGGGCCGCUUUGGUGGGGGCGUCAGGUGAGGCCGUCGCCCAUCGGCGGGUCGCUCAUGUUGUUUCAGACUCUCCAGGUGACCUGUUAAUACUUAUUUUCUGCUUCGCUGUUGAUACGCUUGGAUGUUCUAGCGGUUCUUAGAUUGAGAUGACUGAGGAUGCCUAGACUGUCAACCGAUGGCCCCACGGUUUUGGCACCCAACUAUAUAUAUAUAUAUAUUAAGUUUGAUUGAUUGUUGUCAGUAAGUAGGAAGUCCCCCAAAGUCCUUAGUGAGGCAAACACAUCCAACCCUGACUUCACCAACAAAGAUGGCUGCUCAGCAACGCAAUGAUCACUGGAUACUUAAUGUUGUAUAUGAUACUGACGGCACGGUCAAGCCUUCCGGCCGAAGCUGACACCGAAAGCAUGGCAUUAUGGUCUAAUAGCUUUUCUCUGGAAUAGAACUCCAAAGAAAAAGAUGGCAAAGCACAUCGAAUGCUGUAGUGAUUGGAUUUGUAUAGAACCAAUCAUUGUAGCUGCCGAUGUUUGUUUUGCCACUUGUUCCUUUGGAGCUUAAGACUCCAGGCAGGGCACACCCAUCUCAUCAGCUUUUCUCAUCCGGCAUCAAUGCAAUGAUGGUCCGACAAAGCAGCGGUACUCAGAGCUCGUUGCCCAACCAUGCAAGAGUUCUACGACCAGGUCAGCUUGGUUUGGUCCCCACUCAUUUGAAGGCCAAGCUUUCCUCCAUUCAAUGGGUGUGUUGAUUGAUUCCCUUCUUAUUGACUCCAGUGGAAAUCACAGGAACAUGGAAACUCGGACCCUAGAGUGGGCUCAAUUCCACUGAUUUGCGAACGCACAGAUCACUUCGUC